AAAAUUCUGGCGCUGGUGUACGGCACGUCACAUAAUCGCUUGUCAAUUUUCGUAGGUCACAGUGUUUUUUGUUCAGUGUUUUUGCCAAAUUUUCCAAAUAAAGUUCACUAAAUACCAAAAUUUAGGUCUUACAUUAAAAAUCUUAUAUUUGGAGGAUUAUCCAGUUAAACAUUUUAAAAAUUUAUCACCUCUGCUGAGAAAUUCUGGAGAUGGACUCUGACGAAGAAUCUUUCGACAAUGAGAAUGUUGAUUCAGGAAAUGUAUCGAGUGGGGACGAUGAUUUUGCUAUGGAAGUAGACAUGAAUAGCUCUAAGGAUAGACAAUCUGAGCAAGAUGAAUAUCCAUACGAAGUGCUAACAACUGAGGAAAUAGUCCAGCACAUGGUGGACUGCAUUAGAGAUGUUAAUACAGUUGUAGAGAUUCCCGGAACGACGACUCGCAUUCUUCUCAAUCACUUUAAGUGGGACAAGGAAAAGCUGAUGGAACGGUACUAUGAUGGCGACCAAGAGAAAUUCUUCCGGGAUGCUCAUGUAAUAAAUCCAUUCAACAAGCCCAACACAAUCAACAAACCAAAGGUGAAGCGAUCUGGAACUGAAGAAUGCGAAGUGUGUUUCUCACAAUUUCCUCCAAGUAUGAUGACUGGCUUGGAGUGUGGGCAUCGUUUCUGUACAACAUGCUGGGGUGAAUAUCUUACUACGAAGAUAAUGGAGGAGGGAUUAGGUCAGUCGAUUGCCUGUGCAGCGCAUGGUUGUGAUAUUUUGGUAGACGAUGAAACUGUUAUGAGACUUGUAUCAGACUCACGUGUGAAACUCAAGUAUCAACAUUUAAUCACAAAUAGUUUUGUAGAGUGCAACCGUCUUCUUCGCUGGUGUCCAUCUGCUGAUUGCACCUAUGCUAUAAAAGUGAAUUAUGUUGAUCCAAGACCAGUGUGUUGCAAGUGUAAGCAUAUAUUUUGCUUUGAAUGUGGAGAAAAUUGGCAUGAUCCAGUUCAGUGUCGAUUGCUGAAAAAAUGGAUUAAGAAAUGUGAUGAUGAUUCCGAGACAUCUAAUUGGAUAGCGGCAAACACAAAAGAAUGCCCAAAAUGUAAUGUGACCAUUGAAAAGGAUGGUGGAUGCAAUCACAUGAUAUGCAAAAAUCAGAAUUGCAAGCACGAUUUCUGCUGGGUGUGUUUAGGUUCAUGGGAACCCCAUGGGUCUUCAUGGUAUAACUGCAAUAGAUAUGAUGAGGACGAAGCGCGUGCGGCUCGCGAUGCACAGGAAAAAUUACGAUCAUCACUCGCUAGAUAUUUGCAUUACUACAAUCGCUACAUGAACCAUAUGCAAUCACUUAAAUUCGAAAAUAAACUCUAUGCAUCGGUCAAGGCGAAAAUGGAGGAAAUGCAGCAGCACAAUAUGUCAUGGAUCGAGGUUCAAUUUUUGAAGAAAGCCGUGGAUAUUCUGUGUCAAUGUCGACAAACAUUGAUGUACACUUAUGUGUUUGCAUACUACUUACGAAAGAACAAUCAAUCCCAAAUAUUUGAGGAGAAUCAAAAAGAUCUGGAAACAGCUACUGAAAAGCUCUCUGAAUAUUUGGAACGUGAUAUAACAUCCGAAAAUUUAGCUGAUAUAAAACAAAAGGUUCAGGAUAAAUAUCGGUACUGCGAAAAACGACGCAAAGUUCUUUUGGAUCAUGUCCAUGAGGGGUAUGAAAAGGACUGGUGGGACUAUACAGAAUAAAUUAAUUUUUGUGUUAAGAGGAUAUUUUAACAUAAAAUUGCUAGUGAAAUUUAAGGUGGUUCUAAUAAAAUGGUGGCGAAGAAAUCUACAAGAAAAUCUGUAAAAAAUACUAUUAUUCUUUUUUUUAGAUUUGUGCCGUAAUAUAAAAAAAUUAUAUAUAUAUAUAUUUGAACUAUUAACACCAGAAUUGAGUAAACACAAUAAACAGAUUCAAAAACUUGCAACUUUCAAAUUGGAAUUUUAAACUGAAAAUGCACUUAAGUAUAGAAGUUAAAAAAAAUCCAUUGAUUAAAUAAAGCUACAUUUUUGAUCAUGAACAUUUUGACACCAAAAUUCUUCAGCUUUAUACUAAAAAAAAAAGAGGUUAAAAUAUGUAAUCGUUAUAUUAUUGUUUUAGAAAAGAGAAAAAAAAAGAAAAAAGAGAAAUGAGUGAUAAUAAGAUAAGCUGUUGUUUUUAAAAAUUGUCUGCUUAUAUUUUUUUUGUAUUACAUACUUAUAUUCACUCAAUUGAACAAAUUGUUAUAAAAACAUGCUAUUACUACCUACCGGAUAUCUUGAAUUAAAAAUCACUACUAAUUUACUAUAUCAUUUAGUAUAAACAAAAAGAAAUCAUGAACUGAAGUUAGACAUGAACAAUAAUGAUAUAAAAUUACUAUAUAUUUAAAAAUCAGUUUUAAAUGAAGUUUUCCUCAUACCGAACAUUUUUUUGCAUAUAUAUUCGAUUCUUUUGAGAAUUACCCUUGUCUAUAUAGAUGCUCGAUAUUAUAUUUAAAGAUAAGCUAGAAGUGAAUAUAGGAAUAACGCCGAGGAUAAUAGAGACAUAAAUUUGCAUGUUUAAAAAAAUUAUUGAAAAAAUCACAUUGUUGAAAGGCAGUAAAUCUUAACCGAAAUUAUGCAUUGAAUGUAACCAAACAAGAUGAUUUAAUGAGAGAUUUCAAUUUAUUUAAAAAGCUAAUUGUGUAUUAAAUUUAGUACAAUAAUACACUGUUUAUUUUUCACAAA